AUGGCUCUGGCCAUUGAUCAAACACUUGGUGGGCGUGCGUUCGAUCUGGAUUUAUCUGGGUGCAGCACCACCACCACCAACACCAUGUCCUCCGAUCACUGGUACGACUGGUCGCCUGUGGUCGACUGGGACGCGCUGGCUCCAACGGACCAGCUUGCCGGCGACGACUUCCACGAGCUCAUUGAGUUGAUGAUGGAGGACCAGGACGGCACUGAGAUGAACUCGUCGUCGGCGCAGGACGAGGUUCACGAAUUAGAAGCGUCUAACGAUACCACGUCGUCGGGCGAAAUUAUGAUGCUAACGGAAGAAGACGGAGGCGCUAACGGCGAGGACUCGAAGGGGCUUCGGCUCGUCCAUCUGCUGAUGGCGGCGGCUGAGGCCCUGACCGGCGCAAACAAGAGCCGAGAUCUGGCUCGGGUGAUAUUGGUUCGGCUCAAGGAGUUGGUCUCUCCAACUGACGGUACUAACAUGGAGAGGCUGGCGGCGUAUUUUACUGAGGCCCUUCAGGGUUUGCUAGAAGGCGCCGGGGGUGUUCAGGGUAAGCAUUUGAUUGGGAAUGGGACCCACCGAGAUCAUGGACACCAUCCGACGGACGUGAUCGCUGCGUUUCAGCUGCUGCAGGAUAUGUCGCCAUAUGUUAAGUUUGGGCACUUCACAGCCAAUCAGGCGAUUCUGGAGGCUGUGGUCCAUGAUAGGCGGGUCCAUGUUGUGGACUAUGACAUCAUGGAGGGGAUCCAAUGGGCCUCUUUGAUGCAGGCCUUGGUAUCCAGGAAGGAUGGCCCACCAACCCCGCAUCUUAGGAUCACCGCGUUGUCGAGGGGUGGGAGUGGGAGGAGAUCAAUCGGGACCGUCCAAGAGACAGGCCGCCGUUUGACCGCAUUUGCCGCGUCAAUUGGUCAACCGUUUUCGUUUCAUCAAUGUAGGUUGGAUUCAGAUGAGACAUUUCGAGCGUCUGCUCUCAAGUUGGUCAAAGGUGAGGCCUUAGUGAUCAAUUGCAUGCUAAACCUCCCACAUUUUAGUUACCGGUCUCCGGAUUCGAUUGCUUCCUUUUUAUCCGGAGCCAAUACCCUAAACCCGAGACUAGUAACUUUGGUAGAAGAAGAGGUCCGGGCGGCGGGAGACGGAGGCUUUGUGGCCCGUUUCACGGACUCAUUGUACCACUACUCAGCAGUAUACGACUCACUCGAGGCCGGGUUCCCAAUGCAAAGUCGGGCUCGGGCUUUAGUAGAGAGAGUGUUCUUGGGGCCCAGAAUAGCCGGGUCAUUGGCCCGAAUAUAUCGUGCCAACGGGGAGGUGGGUUGCUCUUGGUCGGAGUGGUUAGGCGCGGUAGGGUUUAAGCCUAUGCCAAUAAGCUUUGCCAAUCAUUGUCAGGCAAAGCUCCUGUUGGGUCUAUUUAAUGAUGGUUAUAGGGUGGAGGAGGUGGGCAAUCAUAGGCUGGUUUUAGGUUGGAAGUCUCGUUGUUUACUAUCAGCUUCUAUUUGGACGUCACCCUCAGAAUCUGAUUUUGUCAAUUAG